UUAACGUCCAACCGGAUGAUACCCGGUCCCAGCAUUCAAGUCUGCGAGAAUGACAAAGUCGUCGUUGAUGUGGAGAAUCACAUGGAGGGCAUGGAGGUCACGAUUCACUGGCACGGCAUCUGGCAGCGAGGCUCCCAAUACUACGACGGUGUGCCGUUUGUUACCCAGUGCCCCAUUCAGCAAGGAAAUACCUUCAGGUAUCAGUGGACAGGAAACGCGGGUACACACUUCUGGCACGCCCACACAGGCCUGCAGAAGCUGGACGGUGUCUAUGGCAGCGUUAUUGUCCGCCAGCCCCCGUCGCGGGAUCCCAAUUCGCACCUGUACGACUUCGAUCUCACGACCCACAUCAUGCUAAUCAGCGACUGGCUGCACGAGGACGCGGCCGAGAGAUAUCCGGGACGUCUGGCCGUGAACACUGGCCAGGAUCCCGAGUCCCUGCUCAUAAACGGCAAAGGCCAAUUCCGUGACCCAAAUACCGGUUUCAUGACGAACACACCUCUGGAAAUUUUCACAAUUACACCUGGCCGCCGAUACAGAUUCCGCAUGAUUAAUGCCUUCGCGUCAGUGUGCCCAGCGCAAGUCACAAUUGAAGGACACAGCCUAACUGUCAUAGCCACUGACGGAGAACCCGUCCAGCCCGUACAGGUCAACACGAUCAUAUCUUUCUCAGGUGAACGGUAUGAUUUUGUGAUAACAGCUGAUCAGCCUGUGGGAGCCUACUGGAUUCAGCUGAGAGGUCUCGGGGAGUGUGGCAUCAGGAGGGCGCAGCAGCUUGCCAUAUUGCGCUAUGCCCGAGGACCCUAUCAGCCCGCCUCGCCGGCACCCACCUACGACGUCGGCAUUCCGCAAGGAGUGGUAAUGAACCCACUAGAUGCACAAUGCAAUAGAAGACGUGACGAUGCCAUUUGCGUGAGCCAACUCAAAAAUGCCCUCGAAAUCGAUCGUGGUAUUCUGCAAGAGAAGCCAGACGUGAAGAUUUUCCUGCCCUUCCGCUUCUACCUCUACCGGCCCGAGGAGCUCUUCCAGCCCAACACCUACAAUAGGUUCUUAGUUGCCCCAACUGGAGAUCAUGUAAUUUCGCUGAUUGACGAAAUUUCCUACCUCUCUGCACCGGCGCCUCUGCUCUCUCAGUAUGAUGACAUCAAUCCUGAACAGUUCUGUAAUGGCGACAAUAGGCCAGCCGACUGCGGUCCAAAUUGCAUGUGCACUCACAAAAUUGAUAUUCCUCUCAAUGCAAUUGUGGAAGUUGUUCUCGUUGACGAAGUUCAACAGACCAACUUGAGCCAUCCUUUCCACCUGCACGGCUACGCGUUCAACGUGGUCGGAAUGGGACGAUCGCCCGACAGCACUGUGAAGAAGAUCAACCUGAAGCACGCCCUGGAUCUGGACCGGCGAGGCUUGCUGCACCGAGAAUUCAGCCGGCCGCCCAUGAAAGACACCAUCGCCGUGCCAAACAACGGCUACGUCGUGCUGCGGUUUAGAGCAGACAAUCCAGGUUUCUGGCUAUUCCAUUGCCAUUUUAUGUUUCACAUCGUGAUCGGCAUGAAUCUGGUGGUUCACGUGGGCACGCACGCAGAUCUGCCGCCCGUUCCGCCCAACUUCCCGAAAUGCGGCCACCAUCUACCCCCAAUCAAGUUGCACUGAGAGCAACCGAUUUCCCACGUUCCGACGCGAGGCGAGAGUGAAACAACUCAUGAUU